CGCUGCCCCGGGGCGCGGCCGCGGGGGCGCAGCGCGGCGGCCAUGGAGCAGGAGGGCUUCGAGGCCGAGACCUCGGAGCUGCGGGCCGCGCUGGAGGCGGACGCGGCCCCGGCGGCGGCGGCGGAGCUCCCCGCCUUCGAGGCCAGCCGGUGGCGGCCCGAGGGGGGCGAGUACGGCCUGACGGGGCUGCUGCGCCUGCGCGAGGGCAUGGGCCAGAUCGAACAGCCGGAGGAGCUAGCGACGCUGAAGUUUCUGGUUAUCCCGGGGGCGCCCGCGCCCGCCGAGGAGGAGCGGCGGGCGCCCGAGUCGCGCCUCGGCGACCGCAAGGGCAAGGGCAAGGGCAAGGGGAAGGACAAGGAGCCGACGAAGGGGAGAUACGUCAAGGACCACGGCCAGACGCAGGUGCUGCACGAGACGCAGCGUGGGCAGUGGUGGAGGAACGCGGAGAGCUCCGACGUUGUUGUGCGGAGGGACAUCUCGCUGAUGAGCGACGAGAUCUUCCGGGUGCCGCCCGGCCACUUCGUUCAGCAGGCGGGGCCGGCCGAGGCGUUCAUCACCGACCAGGCGAAGGGGCUCCGGCGCAUGCCAGUGCUGCCCCACGGCUGGGUGACCGUGGACGCCACCGCGGUCGGGGGGCCCAGGUACCUCGUGACCAUACGCCGGCCUACAUGGCGCGUGUGCUUCAGCAGCGGCUCGGGGAGCGGCGACGUCGUCGUGCGCGCCGGACUCUCGCUGGAGAGCGAUUUGGUGGCCGCGCUGAUGAAGGGGACGCAGGUCGAGCAGUCCGGGCCUCAGGAGCUCGAGGACGGCAUCGUCCGCAUGCCCGUUGUGUUCGCAGAAGGCGCUGGCCUGGAGCCGGGGGACCUCUCGCAGCCCUCCAGGAAGACCAAGGGCUGGGUCACGUGCGACGCCAGCCCCCAGGGCGGGCCGAAGUUCUUCGAGCCGCUGCCCGACGCGGCGCCCGCGCCGCGUCCCACGCCGACCCCGCCGCGCCGCGAGGCAGCGGACGGCGCCGGCGGAGAGGACGCUCCCGCGGGCUCGGGGCCGCCGCGAGACAAGGCGUUCAGUGACAGCGAGGUCGAGGAGGCCCCUUGCCCUGCCAUGCAGCUUGAAGAGUUCACCGACGAUGAAGACGGCGGUGCGACUGGCAGUGUUCAGGAGUUGCAGGAGGAGAGGCACUUGGUGGCAGCCCGCAUGCGCGAAGGUAAAGCUUGGAAGCAGGCGGCCCAGAAGAGUACCGAGCUCGCGGACCUGAAGCAGCGCUACGCCGAUGUGGCGCUGUCGAACAACUGCGAGGUCAAGGGGGGCAAUAAGUGGCGCAGGAAGCUGAGCCUCGCCGCUGGGCAAGAGGUGUACGAGUUUGGCGUGGCGAUGCCCCCGCUGAUCGUUGCCAGCACGGCGGCUUCGCAGAUCUUCAAAGUGUUGUACACCCACCCAAUGCUUGCAAGGAUUUGGCGGGGCAUUAACGUCUUGAUGCAGAAAGCGGUCUUCACUGUUUCACUUGGGGAGACAGAUGCUGCGAUGCCGAACCAGAUGUUGAGCGCAGUUCAAUUCGCAAACGUCGCUGCGGGUGCCGCCGAGUUCAGCAGGGAGGUGUGCCAAUACAUGAUGUGUAAUUACAUGCGGUUUGCAGUUACUACUGCCCGGAAACACCACUGGUUAGCCAACGUCGGUUUCGACGGCGACCCGGGCGAGGACACCGACGCGGACCAGUGGGGCGCCGACAUUGACGAUGACCGGGAAUUCAAGCAUAAGGGUUUCGAUGCGUAUGUCAAAUCCCUGAGAGAGCUCAGGGCUGUGAUGAACGGGUGCUGGUGGUCCCCUUACGCCGUCCAGCACUUCUGCAGUGGGGCGUGCGAGUGCACGACGCUCGCAGAGCACGUGGCGAAGCUCGCCCCGGCGAUUACGAAAACAGUGCUCCAUCAUAUGCCACUGGUGCCCUCCGUGAACAAGUGGACCAAACUUGGGCCUUGCGUGGAUGUGCUGGUGUUUGGGCUCCUGGCUCAUCGCGUCCUCCCCGUGUGCUUUGAGAGCUUGAAGUUCAAGGCUCCGCCCAGCAGGGAUGACCAUGAAGCUGAUGACCAAUUCAAGUUUGAGGCCGAUUUUUCGGCGCUGCAGGGCAAACGAUUUCGCUUGGCGCUGGACAUGCUGAAAAGCGAGGCCUCGGUCGGAUGCAUAGUGAUGCUCGGCAUAGUGCUGGAACCUGUGCGGCACGUGUCGGCUUGGCUCAUGAGACGGGCGCGUGAGUGUCCGGAUCCCUGCGGGCGCCCUGCUGUCUUAGAUUUCUUCAACGACCGCUUUAACCCUGUCGUCCACGCGAGGCAGUACAUCUCAACUUUGCUCAGUGGCCGCGCCACGCGCCUGGUGCUGCUGUGGAGGAUUCGGCAGCGCGAGUCCCUUCAAGAUUGGUUUGGCAAGCACCCCGAGGACAUCCGCCUUUUCCGCAGAUUGCUUCUCGCUUUGGAUUGCGCAUUAUUUCGCCGGCAUUAUUGCCCGUCGAGGCGGUUCCCUUGGGGCCUCGUUCGUUUGUGCGACGACCGCUUCUCCGCAGCGGAGCGGGAACAGUUGGCCGAGAAGUUCUUCCGCACGCCCGAGUGUUGCUUGCACCCGGGCUUCGCGCGGAAGGUGGCCUCUGCGCUGGCGUCCUCCAGGGAGCUGCUGACAGAGAAGUGGCUGGCCAGGCUGAGGGUGUUGGUCCGCGUCCUCACAUUGCAAGUCGCUGACGUCGAGUGGCGCCACGGCAGGGUGCGGGCGCCCAACCCCAAGGAUUUAUUCAUCCUUGAUUUCCACGCAGGUUGCACCGCGCGCGACGAGCGCGUGAAUCCCGUUCUCCAGGACACCAAGGACCGCAUCGACCGGGAGUUCGCCGAGCUCACCCCGGAGGCUGUGGCGGAGUAUGGCAGGCAAGACCGCGCCGGCGAGCAUUUUUCCAGUCUUCUGGAGUCGUGCCAGUGCGGGACUCCUCGCUGCAGGCACUGGGCGCUGGCCGCCAAUCUGAACGCGGCGGAGCCAGAGGUGGAGCACCUGGAAUCGGAUAAGUUCGCGUUGUUCACUGGCGCCGCCCAGGCCAUAGCUUCUCGGGCGCCCACUUUCCCAUCAGGUGACUAUCCUUUGACGGUCCCCUCAUUGAAGAGAGCGCUCAAGAGUAAUACUCUGAGCGCCUGCGAGGCCGAGUUCAGGGAGGUGACGAACGGGUACGUUUUGGCACCUCCACGGUUCCAGUUCCCAGAGCGCGUCGCCUACCCAAAGUGCUGUGGUGCGCUUUGCAGCAACACAAAUUCUUUGAGCAAGGCGCGGGCGUACCUUCGAUUGUUGGCUGGAUUUGCUUCCUUUUCGGCGAAGUUCAAGCCCGCGGAUUUGCCAGAGCAGGAUCUGCUACUUCUGCUGCAUGGGAAUCUUGGGAGCGGUGCCAGCAUCCUGGAGUACGCUUUCUUUCCUCAUGCCGCUGGGCGUUUUUGCCACCACCCGCCAGAACAGACGUUCGUCAGGCUCGAGGCCGCGGGGGACGGAGACCAGACCCACGUCAUCGGCCUGGAGCUCAAGGUGCCGCUCGCCGAUGGACCAGCAGGCGCAAGGGGUCGAGACCAGGGCAUCCAGGGAUGA